CUGGGAUUAUGUUUCUGCGUAUCAAGUUCUAAACGGUCACAUUAUUCCUUUGCUACUUAUUGAGUGACCUUAACCAUGUACACGGAGCUGGCAGUGGCGUUGGGGCUCGGGGCGGUGGUUGCCCUUGUGAUCCUGAAGAAGAAAAAGGGUGUCCUGAAAGCACAGGAUGGGUGGUGGGGUGUGGGGGCUCAUCCCCAAGAACCAGAGGAUGACAGUGUACGCCCUUUUACAAUUGAGGCAACUCCAGAGGAUAUUGAGGAUCUUCAUCGAAGGCUAGAUCAGACCCGCUCCUUUCCUUCUCUUGAAGACAGUCAGUUUCACUAUGGCUUCAACUCCAAAUACCUAGAGAAGGUUGUGUCUUACUGGAGGAAUGAAUUUAAUUGGAGAAAACAAGUGGACAUACUAAACAGAUAUCCUCAUUUCAAAACCAAAAUUGAAGGUAUCGAUAUUCACUAUGUCCACGUGAAACCGAAGAACCUGCCUGAGGGAACCCGUGCUGUGCCUCUGAUGAUGGUACAUGGAUGGCCAGGCUCCUUCUAUGAGUUUUAUGGUAUAAUUCCCCUGCUUACGGAACCAGCUAGCCCUGAUGACAUAACCUUCGAAGUUAUUUGUCCAUCUAUCCCUGGCUAUGGCUUCUCAGAGCCUCCCCAUAAGAAAGGUUUUGACUCUUUAUGUGCUGCACACAUCUUCAAUAAACUGAUGAAACGACUUGGUUUCAGCCAGUUCUAUGUUCAGGGAGGAGACUGGGGGUGGCUUAUUACCACUAAUAUGGCACAACUGGAGGCCAACACAGUGAAAGGCCUUCACGUUAAUUUUGCUCCCCCUGCAAAACCAGGCCUUCUCAUGGUGUUGUCUAUUCUUCUGGGUCGACGGUUCCCAAAACUCUUUAGCUUUACAGAUCAUGAUGUGAAACGCCUCUUUCCCUGUAUGGAGAAAGUUGUGGUGGAUGCAGUAAAGGAGUCAGGAUACAUGCACAUACAGUCCACUAAACCAGACACUGUAGGCCGUGGAUUGAAUGACUCUCCUGUUGGUUUGGCUGCUUACAUUUUGGAGAAGUUUUCAACGUGGACUGAUCCUGAAUUUAAGAACCUGGAGGAUGGUGGACUGGAGAGGAAGUUUUCUCUUGAUGAUCUACUGACAAAUGUGAUGAUCUACUGGACUUCUAGGUCCAUUAUAUCCUCCAUGCGUUUCUACAAAGAGAACUUUGGCAAAGGCCUCAACCAGCCCCAUGCUAAGCUCCCCGUUUACGUUCCGACAGGUGUGGCCUCUUUCCCCAAUGAGGUGAUGCACACUCCUAAACUGUGGGUUACACAGAAAUACCGUCAACUCAAGACUUACACUUCCAUGGCUCGCGGGGGGCAUUUUGCUGCUAUGGAAGAGCCACAGUUACUGGCAGAAGAUAUUCAGAACUUUGUCAAGAUUGUGGAGAAGAGAAAGAGGAAAUGAGGUUCAAUUGUUUUUAUAUGUACGUUCUCAAUCACAUUCAUGGGACUUUCAUAAAAUGCAUAUAAACUGAUGACCAUGAUGUAAAAAAUCAUUAUAUAGAAAGUUAUUAUGAACAAUUGUAUCAAUUUACACUAAUUCUUACUGCAAGUAACAGCACUAUUUAAUGCUGGGAAUAUAAGAAUUGUACUAACACAAUCUUAUGUGUGCUAUGUGCCUGUGUCUUACUGUACAUUAUUAUAUAGUAACAGCAGCUCACAUUUGAUAUAAAUAUUUUUGUGUGAUUGUUUGUGGGUCCUUGAAGUGUUAUUUUGAGUGUUCUUAAAGAGUGUUUGUAUGGGACCAAGUAGUGAAUAUAGAGUAAUUGAGAAUAAACAGUUUGAA